AUGGACGACGGCAGCGACAUGCUUUUCGAUAGCAACAUGCUCGACGCUUUCGGGUCCAUGCCGAUGCACCUCGAUGCCGAUGACGGUUCCAUGGGUCAGCAGUACAGCUCGAACAACCACAACCAACAUGCGGACCAGUCUGCAACAGAUCAAGCCGUCAUGCACUCCGAAAGUCAAUUCAACACGGCGUCCAACAAUGUGCCUGGUGCAGGGCCAAUGCCGCUGGGAUCCUUUGGCGAGAGCGGCAUGGGCCAGGGGAGCAGUACUCUGACGGAGUUCACCAAGCGCAGGAACUGGCCGGCCAAGGUUGUGGAGGAAAUCAAAGACCUCCUGCAAAUCCUAGACUCGAACGGCCGCAUAAAAUACGUAUCGCCGAGCAUUCUGCCAAUAUCGGGAUACACGAUCGAGGAGAUGACGGACGUUUUCUUGAAAGAGCUCAUCCAUCCGGACGACCAGGGCCUGUUUGUCGCCGAGCUGAACGAGUCGAUAGCGUCUGGGAACCCGAUGCGUAUGUUUUAUCGGUUCCGGAAAAAGGAUGGGACGUACACGAUCCUCGAGACGAUAGGACACGCCCAUAUUGCCGCGGCCAAGUUCGCGCCAAAUCCCAGCAACCAGUCCCCAUUCUGCCAGGCCGUCUUCAUGAUGGCGCGUCCGUAUCCGACAAAGAACGCCGGGCUGUUGGACUCGUUCCUGGAACACAAGAUUGAAAACGAGAGGUUAAAAAGACGCAUAGCGGAGCUCAGACAGGAAGAGGAUGCCGACCAUGACGAAGCGCAGCGGCAGUGGCUGCAAAGUCAAGACUCGCAGUCCGAAAUUGCGCGCACGGAGCAAAGCGGCGCUUCCGCCACGCCCUUCCACCGGGCAAUGAGCCACGACGGGUCGCGAUCCGAGAGGAGUGCGUUGAAUGCAGCCCUGACCAGAGAGAAUCUGGAGGGACAGUCAGGCGGCGCUCGGCAGGAUUCGCUCAAGGACAAGAUGGCGCGUUACGAGGGUACCUACACCGACACCAUCGAAAUGCUGACGGGGUUACGUUACAAGGACGGCGAGCGCAGCAAGGGCAUCACGACGGGCAACGCCAGCCCCACCCUCAUCAAAGGCGACGCCGGGAUCGUCAUACCCGUGGACCGCGACCCGAGGACGGGCGAAAAGAAAAAGAAGCUCAAGACUUCGGAGGAAUACGUCUGCACCGACUGCGGAACGCUCGACUCGCCCGAGUGGCGCAAAGGCCCCAACGGUCCGAAGACUUUGUGCAACGCAUGCGGUCUGCGAUGGGCGAAGAAGGAGAAGAAGAGAAACACCAACACCGCGACCAAGGUCCCCUCCAUGCAGGCCACGCCCGGCGACUCAGGGUCUUGA